UCUCUCUCUCUCCUCAUCGCCAGAACUCUCUCGUCUCCUCCUUUUCCCAUCUUGUUCAAUUAUUAUAAACCCUAGCACGUCUUUCCACUUUACUGUCCUCCAUAAAUCACACUCCCCCCGAUCUCGAAUCCUGCUCUCUACCCUUCGCGAAUCGGCGCCUCGCGAGUCCCAAUCUCCCAUGGCCGACGAAGCCAAAGCCAAGGGCAACGCCGCCUUCUCCUCCGGCGACUACCACUCCGCCGUCCGCCACUUCUCCGACGCCAUCGCCAUCGCCUCCACCAACCACGUCCUCUACUCCAACCGAUCCGCCGCCCACGCCUCCCUCCACAACUACUCCGACGCCCUCGCCGACGCUGAGAAGACCGUCGAGCUCAAGCCGGACUGGUCCAAGGGCUAUAGCCGCCUCGGUGCGGCUUACCAGGGGUUGGGCCGGUAUGACGACGCCAUCUCCGCCUACAAGAGGGGCCUCGAGAUCGAUCCUAGCAACGAGGCUCUCAAGUCCGGCUUGGCCGACGCGCAGGCCGCCGCGGGGUCGUCCAGGAGCCGUGCUGCUCCGCCGCCGAGCAAUCCGUUCGGGGAUGUUUUCCAGGGGCAGGAGAUGUGGGCAAAGCUGAUGGCCGAUCCGACGACCAGAAGUUUCCUGCAGCAACCGGACUUUGUGAGGAUGAUGCAGGAUUUGCAGAAGAAUCCUAGCAGUCUGAAUCUGUACUUGAAGGAUCAGAGGGUGAUGCAGGCGCUUGGAGUGCUGUUGAACGUUAAAUUGCACACUCCGGGUCAGGAUGCGGGCUUUGAGGCUGCGACGGAGGCUGAAUCGCCGCCAGCGAAUAAGCCAGACAAAAAGCCAGCCAAGGAACCGGAGCCGGUGCCAGAGUCAGAGCCAGGGCCGAUGGAUAUAAGUGAGGAGGAGCGAGAAGUAAAGGAGAUGAAGGCUCAGGCUCAGAAGGAGAAGGAGGCCGGUAAUGCAGCUUAUAAGAAGAAGGAUUUCGAGACUGCAAUUCAGCACUACACCAAGGCUAUCGAGCUUGAUGAUGAGGAUAUUUCUUUUCUCACGAACAGAGCUGCUGUGUAUUUGGAGAUGGGAAGGUAUGAGGAUUGCAUCAAAGAUUGUGAUAAGGCUGUUGAAAGGGGAAGAGAACUCAGAUCAGACUACAAGAUGGUAGCUAGAGCCUUGACAAGGAAGGGAACUGCACUUGUAAAGAUGGCGAAAUGCUCAAAGGACUAUGAGCCUGCUAUUGAGACCUUCCAAAAGGCUCUUACAGAGCAUCGUAACCCAGACACAUUGAAGAAACUAAACGAGGCUGAGAAAGCAAAGAAGGAACUGGAACAGCAGGAAUACUUCGAUCCUAAAUUGGCUGAUGAGGAGCGUGAGAAAGGAAAUGAAUGUUUCAAAGAGCAGAAAUAUCCUGAGGCUGUGAAGCAUUACUCGGAAUCAUUGAGAAGGAACCCUGAAGAUGCGAGGGCAUAUAGUAAUAGAGCAGCAUGCUACACGAAACUUGGGGCCCUGCCCGAGGGUCUGAAGGAUGCUGAGAAAUGCAUUGAGCUUGAUCCAACUUUCUCCAAGGGUUACACACGAAAAGGUGCCGUUCAGUUCUUCAUGAAGGAAUAUGAUAAAGCUUUGGAAACAUAUCAGGAGGGGUUGAAGCAUGAUCCAAACAACCAGGAAUUGCUCGACGGUGUACGAAGAUGCGUAGAACAAAUUAACAAGGCAAGUCGUGGUGAUUUGACUCCAGAUGAGUUGAAGGAGAGACAGGGCAAGGCAAUGCAGGAUCCAGAGAUUCAGAACAUUCUCACGGAUCCUGUAAUGAGACAGGUGUUGAUAGACUUCCAGGAGAACCCGAAGGCUGCGCAAGAGCACACAAAGAACCCAAUGGUGAUGAACAAGAUCCAGAAGCUGGUCAGCGCAGGAAUAGUCCAGAUCAGAUGAGUACUGUAUUUUGCAUGAGGAGGUCAUGAGUUUUUAUCUGUAAUUCCCUGGUGUGAAAUCAAGUGGUCUUAACUAUUGGAAACAUAUUUUAGUUGCAAAUUUUGAAAUGCUUUCUUCACAGUAUAAAUUGUGGGUUCUUUUUCGGUUCC